AUGGGAAUUCAGAAAUAUAUGGUUGUCAUUAAAUUUAGUUUUUGUGUUCUUUUAGUUUUCCAUCUUGUAGCAGCAGUUAGCUUUGUAGUAAAGAAGGAUACACAAGAUGGUUUUGAUAGAGAACUAUUUGAUUCAGUGUCUGGAUUGUUCGACGACGAGCACACGGCAAAGGUAUUACGGACCAGAUGCUGUGAAGAUUUUAUUCAUUUAAAGGAAGAGGUUGGAUAUCGUGAUUUAUGCCUCCCACUGGAAUUCUAUGCUAGUACCAAUAAACUUAGUCCCACGAUUCAACCUUUUGCACAAACAGAAAUCCAAAAAUUGCAUGGGGCUUUCCAUCCUCACACCAAGGAAAACUUUCUUCAUUGUUUGAGAAAAAAUAAUCUCCAAUUAAGUGUCUUAAGAGAAGAGGAUGAUUCCAAGAUACGGCAUGUCACUAAUACAGGAUAUCUGUUUUCUAUUCUUAGAAGAAAUUCAGGCCGUGUUUUGCUCCAACACAUAUCAGAACCACCUAGUUCAGGCCCUGCAGCUGGAUCACCUGAACCUAGUCUCACUCCAUCACCUGAGCCCAGUCUGACUCAAUCGCCUGGACCCAGUUUAUCUCCAUCGCCUGCUCCAAUGCCUCUACUUCCUCAACCCCCGUCUCCUCCUUCGUCACCAAGCCCAUUUUUUCCAAGACUGACACCGCCAGACGCUUCUGAUAUUUCUGCCCCUCCAUCUCCUGACACGGACGGGGCGGAAGAUAAGUCAAGUAAAAAGAGAACGGUUGUUCUUUCUGUAGUAAUAACUUUAUCAGUGAUAUUUAUAGCUGCAGCAUUAUUCUUUUUAUGCUUUCGUAAGAAUGCCCGGCUUAGACGAAAUGAUGAGAGGCCUCUUCUCAGCUUGAGCAUGAAUGACUAUUCUUUUGGUCCUUCCGAUCACACUUUUGGAAAUCCGACAAAAGGGGAGAAACAUGGGUUUCAGUCAUCAAGUAAUAAUUUAGUAGACAACAAGAAGACCUCACUGCAAGAAAAUCAAUCAAUAGGAGCUCUUAGUACUGCCGGAUCACCAUUUGAAUUGAAACCUCCUCCCGGGAGAGUGGGAACUGUCCAUUCUGGAAUGCCACCUUUAAGACCUCCUCCAGGUAGGAUGAAUCCUCUUCCGCCGGAGCCACCUUCAUUUAGGCCUUCUAGUAAUACUAAUGUCGCUGCGGCUGCUGCACCUCCUCCUCCUCAACAGUCUGGUGUUGGUAAUGCACGACCUCCUGCUGCUCCUUCACCACCACAAUCAACACUAUCUGGUGUCGCACCUGGUCCUCCUCGUCCUCCACUACCCCCUGGUCCGCCUGGUUCCACCCGUCCUCCACCAUCCCCAGCACCACCUGGUGCCACCCGUCCUCCACCAUCCCCAGCACCACCUGGUGCUAAACCCGGUCCCCCUCCUCCACCACCACCAGCACCGCUUGGUGCUAAACCUGGUUCUCGUCCACCUCCUCCUCCUCCUCCUAAGAGCGGUGUAGCUCCUCCUCGACCACCAAUUGGCCCGAAGGCUAGUGGACCAAAAGCUUCAUUGAAUUCUGAAGCAGCUGGAGCUGAUAGUUCUAAAGCCAAACUAAAGCCAUUUUUCUGGGACAAGGUUUCAGCAAAUUCAGAUCAAUCAAUGGUUUGGAAUGAGAUCAAAUCAGGAUCGUUCCAGUUUAACGAAGAGAUGAUAGAGUCACUUUUUGGUUAUAAUGCUGUAAAUAAAAACAAUGGUCAAAGACAGAAAGAAUCUUCCUCCUCCCAAGACCCUUCACCCCAGUAUAUCCAGAUCGUUGACAAAAAGAGAGCACAAAAUUUGUUAAUUCUGUUGCGAGCAUUGAAUGUAACAAUGGAAGAAGUUUGCGAUGCUCUCUAUGAAGGAAAUGAGCUACCGCCCGAGUUCCUUCAAACCUUGUUGAAGAUGGCACCGACAUCUGAUGAAGAACUUAAGCUUCGACUUUUUAGUGGUGAUCUGUCUCAACUUGGGCCUGCUGACAGUUUCCUUAAAGCUCUGGUUGACAUUCCCUUUGCUUUUAAGCGAAUGGAAACACUGCUUUUUAAGGGAACAUUUAAAGAGGAACUCACUACUACUAAGGAGUCUUUUGCAGUUUUAGAGGUUGCUUGUAAGGAACUAAGAAACAGCCGUCUGUUCCUCAAACUUCUUGAAGCUGUUCUCAAAACUGGAAACCGUAUGAACGACGGAACAUACCGUGGCGGUGCACAAGCAUUUAAACUUGAUACACUUUUGAAAUUAUCUGAUGUAAAAGGAACAGAUGGCAAGACUACACUCUUACACUUUGUCGUUCAAGAGAUUAUCCGCUCCGAGGGCAUAAAAGCUGCCCGAGCAGCGAAAGAGAGCCAGGGUUUGUCCAGUAUUAAAACAGACGAACUUCUUGAGGAUAAUCCACGUGAAACUGAAGAAGACCAUUACCGCGAACUUGGUCUUGAGGUAGUUUCACAUUUGAGCAGUGAGCUUGAGAAUGUUAAAAGGGGAUCUGUUCUAGAUGCGGACAGCUUAACAGCAACUGCUGCCAAACUUGGCCACGGUCUCUUGAAAGCCAAAGAGUUACUGAACAAAAACCUGAAGAAUGUGGAGGAUGAUAGAGGGUUUCGCGAGACAUUGGAAAGUUUUGUCCAGGAUGCAGAGGCUGAUGUUAUGAAACUGCUUGAAGACGAGAAGAAAAUCACGGCUCUGGUGAAGAGCACUGGCGAUUACUUUCACGGGAAUGCUGCAAAGGAUGAUGGCUUGCGAUUGUUUGUAGUAGUGAGAGACUUCUUAAUAAUGCUUGAUAAGGUAUGCAAGGAGGUGAGAGAUGCACAGAAGAAACCAGCAAAACCUCAAAAACAGGAAACAACUUCACGGGGAUUGUCUCCGCCUGAUACGCGUCCAUUGCCUUCUGAUUAUCGUCAGCGGCUUUUUCCAGCUAUAGCUGAAAGGAGGAUAGAUGACCUUAGUUCAGAUGAUGAGAGUCCUUAG